UUGAAGUAGAAAGAAAACAUACACAACUCAGCCCAGGGAAGCCAUUUUCGCCGCAAAACUUUAGUUUUUUUUACCAACUAUGCUCUCCAGUCGGACUUCAAGAUUCAUUCACAAGUUUCUACCCAUCAUAGGGACGAUUCUGCUGAUUUUUGCACAGUAUUUGGUGCUUGCAGAAGACGACCCCCCUCCCCAGCCUGCAUAUAACGAGAACCCAGCUUUCCGACCGAACUCUGUCCACAGUAACUACGGGUUCUCGGCGGAGUACUUCAGGUACAACUACAGCCAGACUCCCGUCAUCAUCUGGUGGACCAAGGCGCUCUUCCCGCACUUUAACGGCAACACCGCCACUAUACACUGUGAUCUCGGUACGUGCAUCUCUACAACAGACAAGAAGAAGAAGCGCGACCCGGCCACCCGAGGGUUCAUCUUCUACGGCACGGACUUCAGGGCCCACGAGACGCCGUUGCCACGACAACCGCAUCACGAGUGGGCUCUGCUCCACGAGGAGUCUCCAAUGAACAACUACAUCCUGUCCCAUCAGCCCAUGCUGCAGCUGUUCAACCACACGGGGACGUUUCGCAGGGAGUCAGACUAUCCUCUCACACUGCAGCACCUGCCAUCGCUGUCGUACCUCACGAGUCGUGAUCCAGUGCCGCUUCAUGAGAAGAACCGACUAAAGGAUACGGCUGGCCUGGCCUCCGUGGCCUACAUCCAGAGCCACUGUGGGGUUGCUUCAGACAGAGACAGCUAUGUGCAGGAGUUGAUGAAGUAUAUAAAAGUGGACUCCUUAGGAAAGUGUCUGCAUAACAAGGAGCUUCCAGAGGAGCUGCAGAACACCUUAACCAUGGAGGAGGACGGCUUCUUCAGUAUCAUCGCAAACUACAAGUUCCACAUCGCAUUCGAGAACGGCAUAUGCAGAGACUACAUGACAGAGAAGCUUUUCCGUCCGCUGCACCUGGGGGUUGUGCCAAUCUACUGGGGCUCCGAGGCGGCCAAGGACUGGAUGCCCAACGAUCACAGCAUCAUCCUUAAGGACGACUUUGCGUCUCCCAAGGAGCUAGCGGAAUACAUCACCUUCCUGGACCAGAAUGAUGAGGAGUAUGAGAAGUUCCUGGAGUACCGACAGCCGGGGGGGAUCACUAACACCCUGCUUGUGGAGGAGAUGGAGAGAAGGCCGUGGGGACUGAGCAGCAUGGACGAACCAAACUUCAUCAACGGCUUUGAGUGUCACGUGUGCGACAGGAUCCUGGAGAGGCUUGAUGCUGAGAGGCUCCAUGCAGCUAACCCGGGAGAGAACCCGCCUCCCCCCCCACCCAGGCUGGGUCAGUACACACACAUGGGCUGCCCACAACCCACCCGUGCGGUCGACACUCAGGAACCAUCCAAACCUGGCAACGAAUGGCUUGCAUUUGACUGGGUGAAUGAUUUCUGGGGCACCUGGGACAUGGCAAUGGCGCUGAAACAGAUGAUCCAAGCUGGGGAGAAGGACUCAAGGAAAUUGUUUGACUUCUUGGAAAAGAUGCACGGCAGGCACUGACACAUGGUUCCUUAUCAUCAUCAUCAUCCGUUGUCCGAGGGGUGGGGUAAGAUGUUGCCUGUCGUAUCCAGAACCGUGAUUUAUCCAGAAUCGUGCUCAUGGUUCUGGAUAGUUCAUACGUAUCCAGAACCGUGCUUUAUUCAUAUAACCAUGCUCAUUCACAGUUCUAGAUAGUCCAUGGGUAUUCAGAACCAUGCCUGGAGCAAAUCUAUGUGAUUGGAUACAGGGAGACUAUCCAGAACUAUGCCCUGAUCCUAACUUAAACCCAUUCAGACAUAAAACUACGGUUCUGGGUACGAUAUGGGUUAUUUAAGAUAUUCAGUCUGCUAUGGCAAGACUGAAAGUUUUAGUUGACUACAUUUAAUCCAGAAGAGUCCAAUUAUACCAACCAAAGAUUAGCUAGUCUCACGUUCUUGACAAGAGAACUAAGUUUAGGUCACACCAAACCAUUCCUUUGUCUAUUUAUUCAUUUUUGUUGUUCGGGAACAGUAGUAGGUUUUAGAGUUACUAUGGCAGAUCAAAAAUCAUGUUUUUAGGUAGAUAAAUUGAUGGAUGGUGGACAAUUUUUUAAAUUAGAGUUUUAUGUCUGCUUCCAUACUUUAAGAGGAAUACUUUGUUGCAUUGUGCAUUUCCUUGCAUAUAUGUUUGUGUAGUUUUUAUGUAUUAUGUAUAGAUAGCAUACAUUAAGACAUUUAUAUAUAUUCAGAAUCUAUAUAAUAAUGAUGUAUCAAGCUUUCUUAGUCUAGGAACAUUGCUAGUGCCCAUGUGCAAUCAAGCAUUUUACUAUCAAGGGAAUUUUCAUGUUUGUGCCAAAAUCAUACUGUAUU